CGCAAAAUGCUACCAUGGUUCUAGGUUCGGCACUCAACAAGAUACUAAAUUGCACGAACCUCGUUUAUGGAAUUUUCAAAGAGUGGGAAGUGGCGUUGCUAAAUGAGGACAGAGAGAGGCUCAAAAAUGUGAUGAGGUUCUUUUUGGUUAAGAAGUUCAAAGGUUUUGCAGAACGAAGCCUCCACAAUUUUGCCAAAUAUGAAGAUCUUUUGGCUCGUUCGUUGGAAGUCAAUGAUUCAGAGGUCAACUCGUUGGCAAUGAAGCUUUAUGGUUCCAUGAAAGACCAUAUUCUGGUUCCAAGUAUUGUCUGCCUGAUCGACCAUAGCUUGGUUGAUUCAAUAAAGCCGGCCUCUUCAACAGUCUCACUUCAAGUGAAAGCUUUGAGGUGUGCCAAGGAUCGCAAGAGACAUUUGAUUAUGGACCGCCUCAGGCGUUUGGAGCUUUCCGUGCUCAGGCGUUCUCAAGGAGAGCUCCAUUGGAAAUUUAGACUCAAAGCUUUGGAACUGCUAGCUGACGUGCAGUCCAACCUUGAGAUUCCUUUGGACAAAGAGAUUCUUGUUCUUCUUGGGAAGUCAAUCAAUGGAGUUCAUCCAGAAAUCACCGAAGACUGCGUUCUUUGGCUAUCUUCUAUUCUCGAUGCAACACGGACACGGGCAGCGAUCAAUUAUGACUUGAAGCGAUUUUUCUCCCCCUCGUUCCGUUUGGCUAACGUUUGCGCUGUUUCUGAUAUUAUUGGCAUGGACCGACCAGAAGAGUUUUUCAAGGAAAUGUCAAACUUUAAAGAUCCAAGGUUUUUCAUUGAUAACAAACUUUGGAUAUCGACUUUGUGCUGGAAUGAUGAAAUGGAAGUUGUCAAGAAUGAGUCUGUUGAAUCAUUGAACCUCAAUCCGCAAGACUCUGCGACAAUCAAGGCCUUUGGCGAUUUGGUCACUAAACAGUGGAUCCUGGAUAUUCUGAGAUUGCACAUGGACGAAGGAGAAGCAAACGCAGAGUUCCAGCCAGAUCUGGUUUAUUUCUUCUACUUGAUUAUCCUCAUAUCUUCAUACGGCUACACGCCCAACAUGAAUUAUUCAGAAUGGUUUGAAGUUUGUAACGAGGUCUACAACAAAGAGGAGAAACAAUCCCAUGUGGCACUAAGUGAAGUGUAUUGUGCUUUGCUGCUAGCCAACAAAUACAACUCUAAACACCUGGAGGAAACUGAUGAGUUAAUUUCGGCAAAGCUAGCUGAGAUUUUUAAGACCGGGAUUACCCAGUCCACGCAUAAAAUCUGGAAAGUGUUUUGUUGGUGGCUGCCUGCUCAUUUUGAUUGCCGUCGGGUCCCUAAAGUUGUAUCUGUCAUAUGCGACUUUGAGGUUCCUUUAUCAGGUGACACUUCCCCGUUCAAUAUUUCGUCCAGAAUCGGAUUCCUCAAGUCGUACAUGUCUUCUGUUCUGAACCGCUACCAUGACUUUGACGGGGUCAUUCGGAGAUUUUUUGGUUCGCUAUCGCACCCGUACCAAAUUGUUUCCGAAAGAUCUGCGGCUACCCUAUUCGACGCAUUAUCAUACACUUCCAUCAAGUCGUUCAACAAUAAAGAGAAACUGCUGGAAGAAUCUUUUCAAUAUCCAAAUGGAAUGGGCCUUUUACCCUUUGAAAUGCCUCCUGUGUUUGACGAGUGUCUAACUUCAUAUCUUGAAAGAGUAAAACAACUAAGCACCACGAUCAAAGGUCUGUCGACUCAGGAAAUUGUGGACUCAGAUUACAUGUUUCAUGUUCGGGGGCUACAUACACUGCUGCUGUAUGUUCUGAAGACCUCGUACGGAGUUUUGCUUGUUCCAUACCUCAAAGACUACAUUCUGCCUCAUCUCUUUGAACUCGAUACUAUGAAAGAUGUAUGUCAGUUGGCGCAUCUCAAUACAAAUGUGAUGUAUUUCUUGAUUGCCUCUAUCCGCUAUGAUGAAGAACAGACCAAAAUGUUUAUUGAUUUGAUUGUGAACGACUUUGGUUUGGAGCAUCCAAAUAUGGUGCAGAAAGAGCAUUUGUUGACCAUCGUUCAGAGCUACUACACGGUCCGGUACCUCACCAUUACUUCUGACCAACGGGCUCUACUAGUUGAGAAAGUUGUCUCAUUCCUGUAUUCAAGUCCUGUAUCUGUGAAAGAACAGGCUGCCGCUGUGUUCUCUGCCAUUGUGCAUGGUUCGAUGGCUUUUGAGAUGCAACCACUGAUUGAUAGCUACAUUUCCAAGUUUACAAAGAUUAUCAACACACACCGUCGUGUGAAAGGUAAGAAAUUGACUGCUGACGAACUCAAUCUAGUCCACGGCGCCACUCUAGGUUUGGGAGCCUUACUUAACGCAUUCCCCUACACCUCGCCUCCUCCCAGGUGGUUGCCGAAUAUUCUCUGGCUAUUGGCAGGAAGGUGUUCUAGCUAUGACGGUGUCAUCUCGAGAACUGCCAAGACCGUUUUGUCUAGGUUCAAAAAGAACCGUCAAGACACAUGGCACAUCGAUUCAAAGUUUUUCACCGAUGAUCAACUAGAGGAACUCGAGGGUGUUUCGGGCAAAUCGUAUUAUUUAUAGUUCUAAAAAGAAAGAUGCUGUAAUCUAUGCUGAAUUUUAUCUUCUGUCACUUGUGGACCUGUCUCAGCUGCAAUGUUCAGCUUUGCCCUGCUUGGUUCUAAACCUUGAAGCAAGAUACAAGCCUUGCAUAUUUUGUUGGUGGACAGAUAUCCGCAUCUUUCGCAACGAUUUCCGUUGUUUCGCAAGGAUACAGAUCCGUCUGAGCGAAUCUCUGUUUCUUGACUUUCUGUGUCAGGCUUUUUAGGACCUGGUCUUUUCUUCCUCUGUUUCAAUUUAAAAUGCUCCCCCGAGUAAAUGAUAUCCAAAAUGCAGGACGGCCGUACACUCUCGAGGUUUUUCAUCAGCACUCUAGCGGUUCCCCUAAAUGCUUCUGGUGCGUAAGUACAUUCUGUGCUAAAAUAGUCGAGUUUCUUGUAGUGAGCAUAAAGAACGAUUUCCUUUUGGUAGCAGUACUUGAACGGUUUCGAUCUCUUGAUUGGAGACCCUGUGGACUUUGUUGUUAUGUUGGUGGAGCUCUCCAAGCGCGCGGUAUCUCCCCUAAGUAAGUUCAUCAGCACUGUUUCCGCCAUAUCAUCUGCGUUGUGGCCUGUUACCACAUGAUUAAUUCCAAGUUUCAUUGCUCCUCUAUCCAAAGCCUGCCGUCUUAAAACACCGCAGUAUGUACAUGAUGACUUCACCCCUGAACAUGAAACAAUCUCAUCCAUCGUCCAGUUGUACAAGUCUUUAUAAGAGACGAUCUCCAAGGGCAUUUCGUACUGCUGUUGGUUUCUUCUCACUGUUGCGAGAGAGUCGUCUCUAUAUCCUACGAUGCCCUCAUCAAUGCUGAGAAGCACCAAAUGAACUCCAUAGUUGUACCUUUCGUUCAAAGUUUUCAGUAUGGAAGCCAAAACUGUGGAAUCCUUUCCUCCAGAAGCCCCUAUAGCGACUUUCUCUCCCGGAUAGAACAGUUUUUCCUUCUCUAUGGUGAGAUGAAUUUCUGUCUCAAAAACAUGAAAGAAACACUCCUUGCACAGCUUUUGCAAGUUCUUGGGCCUGCGCAUCACAGCCUUAUUGGCCUCGCAGCGCUGACACAAAUUA